AAGAGUAGGACCUGGCUGCAGACAUCAGCUGGCGUGUCACCGGAAGAACUUUCUAGCGAGAACAAGAUGGCGUGUCAUUGCUUUUACCGGAAGAUCGACAAGCGAAAGACCUCGGCCGGAAGUUGGUCUUUUUUUGGCGGCCGCUUUUGUUGUCGAUGGUUUCAACCGGUUUCAGCAUACUCGGCGGGUUUCAAAGAGGAAAGAUGCACAUUUCCGUGAUUGAUGUGGGCAAGGAGCUGACUGCAUGUGCCAUUGGCACACAUUUUGGUUGUCCCUUGUGUCCUAAAGUAAAGCCAACAUCUCUGAAGAAGAUAAAGUUGCACUUUGAAGGGCAUAUAAACACUGCAUUGCAUUUUGGAGAAAACAUUAUUUGCAGAUGCAAUAUGCCCUGCAGAAGUUUGGCUCAUUACCAUUGUCCAUAUUGUUGUAAAACAUUACUGAAAAAGGAGCAAAUGGAACGCCAUGUGAAGCUUUGCAACACUACAACAACUUUAAAUGAAGUGGCCCCAAAAUGGAACCCGAUGCUGUCUGUGUCCACCCCAGAGAGGCCAUCAUUACACGACAAUGACUACACAUUGCUAGCUUUGACACUUAGUGACUCGACUGAGUUUAUGGCAAAUAGUGAUUGUGCACCAUCACCUCCACAACUUGUGUUCACUGCAGAGAGGUCAACAUCACUUCCUGAGUUCACCACAGAGAUGCCACCACUACAACCUGAGUCCACCCGUGAGAUGCCACUGCUCCGUGACCAUGACUACUGUUUGCUAGGUUUAAAAUCAAGUCACUCUACUGAGGUUGUGGCAAAUAGAGAUUGUGCACCAUCAACUCCACAACUUGUUUUCACCCCAAAGAAAUCAGCAUCACUUCCUGAGUUCACCCCUGAGUUCACCCCAGAGAGGCCACCACUACAACCUGAGUCCACCCGCGAGAUGCCACUGCUCCUUGACCAUGACUACUGUUUGCUAGGUUUAAAAUCAAGUCACUCUACUGAGGUUGUGGCAAAUAGUGAUUGUGCACCAUCAUCUCCACAACUUGUUUUCACCCCAAAGAAAUCAGCAUCACUUCCUGAGUUCACCCCAGAGAGGCCACCACCGCUGCCUGAGUCCACCCCAGAGACUCCACCACUGAACGACCAUGACUACUGUUUGUUAGCUUUAACAUCUAGUGACUCGACUGAGGUUGAGGAAAACAGUGAUUGUGCACCAUCACCUACACAACUUUUGUUCACCCCAGAGAGGCCACCACUACAACCUGAGUCCACCCGCGAGAUGCCACUGCUCCGUGACCAUGACUACUGUUUGCUAGGUUUAAAAUCUAGUGACUCUACUGAGGUUGUGGCAAAUAGUGAUUGUGCACCAUCAUCUCCACAAUGUGUUUUCAGCCCAAAGAAAUCAGCAUCACUUCCUGAGUCCACCACAGAGACGCCACCACUGAACGACCAUGACUACUGUUUGUUAGCUUUAACAUCUAGUGACUCGACUGAGGUUGUGGAAAACAGUGAUUGUGCACCAUCACCUACACAACUUUUGUUCACCCCAGAGAAAUUAACAUCAUUGCCUGAGUCCACCCCAGAGAGACCACCAAUACACGGAUCCAAAAUAUUUUCUUCAGCCAAAGCUUCACGGGUUAAAAAUUUAAAGAUGGCUAAGUGCCCACACUGUGCACUUGUUCUCUACCAAAAAAAUCUAACUUUACAUAUACAAAGAAAACAUACAUAUAAAAAAGACAUUACUGAGUCAUUCCAUUUAAGAAAUGUAUGUGUGGAUCCAGUGAAUGGAAUAUUUGCUGUCCGCAAAGUCUCCUCACAUGGUUUCUCUACUCCAGUACACGUACAGCGUAAAACCUGGGGCAAUCAACAGCAAACAAAGUGUGAACUUGAAGAGUGUAAACAGUUCCACUUGCUUGCCCAGCGCAGUGGUCUUACACAUUGUCUGUGCGAACAUAUCAGGUCAUUGGAUUAUUGUGGCAAGACUGCAAAGGAAGAGAUCCUUAAAACGGAAGUCCUUGAGGAGAUGAUGUCUGCACAUUUCUUUGGUGCUGCCAUGGUGGAGAACUGCAAAAGCCGGCAAAAAGUGGCACAGGGAGCAUGUGUGCCACUUUCAGUAUUGGUGGAACUGGGAGGGUCUCAAAGACACAUCUGCAUGUCAGUUCACGAACCAAAAAUGCAUUACUACAGUUUACUUGGCAGAGUAAUUGUCACAUAUAACACUGAAAACAACACCUGGCACUGCCCUUGUUCUAAACCUCGUACAUCAUGUCCACACAAGGGUAUAGCUAAAUGGCACCUUUUCCAGACAAGAAAACAUCUCUUCAUGACUUCUACAUCCACAAGGGAAACUUCGGAGAUGUCAAUCAUUCUGGAUUGUUACUCCACUGAAGAUCUUGAAAGAAGUGUGAGGUAUAUUUACGAGAAGAAGAAGAUCCCAGCAAAAAUAAUGGAUCAUACAAAAGUUGUAGAAGGUCCAAGUGAUUACCCUGAAAAGCUCUUUCCUGCUGAAACAUGUUGCCAGCUCUGUUCAAGUAGCCCUCCCCUGAGUGAUGUCUACCUGGUAAUGGAAACAGCCACAAUUGUUGGAAUGAGAGGAGUCAGAGAAGAUAUCUCAACUUACAAUAAAAGAUGCAGUGAAUGUAACGUUGUGUACCGCUACCAAGAAUGGCAGGAUGGCCUCCACAACUUUAAUGAUAAAGUCAUCCUGACUCUUGAACUCUGUCAUUAUCUGCGGCAUAAUCUACAGAGUCAUGUAUCAGUGUCCACCUCUAUUACGUCUUUGGAGAAAAUGCAUGGGAAGAAAUACCCUCCUACAGACAUCAUCUUCCGGGCGUAUUGUCACUUUGAGGCACUAAACAAUACAGAAUACAAAUAUGCAUGUGUGAACUGUGGGUUUUCUCCAGCUGUGGUCAUUAUGGACCUCCACAGAAAAGGGGUCUUCAGCAUGGCAGUGAGUGAGCUGAAAGUACCCUCUGAAGAUUUUGAUGGUGUACACAAUAUUGAGGAUUUCUGGGAUGCGGUACAUCUCGACAUGAUCAGCAGAGCUUUUUUCCCAAAAUCGUCAACAAAUCCAUUUGUGGUUUGCCCAUCUUACGAGAACUGGGCACCGUGGAUUGGAAAACAAACUCGCAAAUCUGACUGUGUGUUGAACACCGAAUACAAAAAGAUUCCAUUGGAGAAAUCAGUUUCAGACCCAGAGCUGAGCAAUGUAACAGAGGACCGUCUCUUUGAUGAGUUGCUGAAACAGAAGGUUUCUACUGUAAGAAAACUUUGUGAAACAUGCAAAGUUGACACCAAGGGAUCUCGCCUGGAUCUGAUUAAAAGGCUGAGGGAGAAAAUGCAGAGCAGACAGACCUAUGACAAAGUCUUCCAGUCAAUAUGGGGUGCCUCUGGUGGAUGGUCUGUUGUGUUAUGUCCACAUGGCAUUGUGUACAGUUUAAAAUUUAAUCUGAGAGCUGAAAGCCCCAGAGACUUUGCAGAUAUCCUUCUCUCAUGGAAGCAUUUCCCAAAUGUGUGUCUGUAUGACUUUGCACGUGGCCUGGCAUCACACACUAACUUAAGGACACCUGAAAACCCUCGCUUUCAUCCAAAUGAGGGUAAACUAGCUGACCCAACAAAAGAAAACUUGACUGAUGCAGCAAGAGGGAAACUGAAGGUGUGCCUGCCAUGGUUGACUGAAAAAGCAAGGAACCCAGACAAACAAGGACAUCCCAUAACUGGAUCGAACCAUCACUAUGCACUUUAUGACAAGUUCCAUGAGGCUAAUACUAAAGAUCCACAUGACAUCUUAAGAAAGAUCGGCCUUGUGCCUGAGUUGCAGGGUUCUGUGAACAGCCAGGUUGCAGAGCAGCUAUUUGCUGAGAUGAGGAAAAACAAUUAUUUCCUCAACAGAAUGGCACCAUCAACACACAUCUUUUUGAUGAGAAACUUGAUUGAACACAGAAACAAUGAAUGCAACAGUAAGCUAUUACUUCGGCAACUGAUGCGCGGUCACCAAAUUCAAAAUCUUGAGCAUUUCAGAGUCACAGACCAGGGCCAAGCUGUCAUAGGAGACCCAGAUAACAUGGCAAAGACAGAUUGCCAAACAGUCCUGGAUAAUAGUGAUGAUUUGAAGAGGAAGCAUGAAGAUGUGUGUGGAACCCAAGAGGAACAUACGCAACCAAUGCAGUGUGGGAGUCACUGUGAACACCUGACAAAAGCCACGUUUGUCCAUCCAAAUCGUGGAUGCUGGGCAUUUCCAAUUCAUCCUUCUCAAAAGGAAGUGCUUCAGUAUGUCCUUGACCACAACAAACCAGGGGAGGAGCUGAUUGUUCGUACCCCAAAGGCAUGUCUGACUCGCACUGAUUUUUUAGGCUUGGGCUUGCAAAGGGACAUGGAAGCCACUAUUGGAAAUGGCUGUUUAGGGAUAAUUGAAGAAGUGGCAAAAUACAAGGGUCGGAACAUCUUUAUUUGUGAUCUGUAUGUUACUCCAACGUGGUUGUCACCAGAUGUAGAUCCCAUGACAAGUCUACCUAAUGACUGUCAUCUAAAAGAUGCAGUGUUCAUCCCUCUAUGGACACCUGGUCAUUUUCUGUUGUGUGUGAUAAAGCCGUUGCAAAGAGAAAUUCUCUUUCUGGACUCUUUGUAUGCAAAGACAGAGUCCGGGUUUGGUGCUUUGCAGUACAUGGCUAUUUUGAGGGAUGUUGCACAGAACCUAAAUCCUGGGAAAUGGACAGAGAAAACUGGCAAAGAUAUCAAGGAUCUUCCAAGACAAGACUUUGGCAAUGACUGUGGCAUAUUUAUGUUGAUGGCUGUCCUGUACAUUGCCUUUGAUGCACCAUUUGACUACUCAACACUUGACAUGCCUUUGUUGCGGAAGUGGUGGUGUUUGCUGUUGCUGGAGAACUACAGUCUUGACAGUUACAGGAAAGUGUUUGCCCAUUGGACUGAAGAGUGCAAAGUAUUCCUUGCUGGCCACCAUGUCCCAGUCUUCAAAUUAAAGAAGCGAAAGGCUGAAGAGCCUGCUGAGAUGGAGCCAUCAGACACAACACCACGACAGUGUAUGGCAAAUUCCAUACUUGCCUGUGUCUAUCAGAUAUCUGAAAAUACAGGACAGCGACUAUUGUAUCCAGAAGAGAAGCUGGUAGAAUGGGUACAGUGCAAUAUUUGUAAAGGCUGGCUGCAUACAGAGUGUGCUGGAAAGCCAUUUGUCAGAGCUGGGUCAUUCAACUGUGGUUGCACAAAUCAGGUGUCCUGCAACAGGACAAUCGAGGCUUUAAAAAGUGGAACCCAGGCAGUGAUUUCAGAUGGUGAAAUCAAGAUGUUGUAUAAGGAUCUCUGCAGCGGUAGAGUGAAGUCUGGGCGCAUGUACCUGUGGCACAAUCCCGGUGUCUCGCUUAAAUUAAAGCAAAGACUAAAGCCUCUGAUGUUCCACUUUGCUGAUGCACAGGUUGACGAGCUGACAGAGCGGAUUGGUUCAUGCUCAGGAAUAAAUGAACUAAUAAUGAAGGGAGAGUUCCAGUUUCUGGACUUGGUGUUUGAUGUCCUUGUUCCAGAGGUGACAAUCAAAGUGUUGGAAAAAUUAGAGGGGAUGAAUCGUUAUGCAGCUGAGAAAGCCAUGCUUCAAAGAAUUCAUUUGUACACAAAAUAAAAUGGUUGUGAAAUGAAA